AUGGAGAGAAACCCAUGUUUUCUUCUUGUUUUCUUUCUUAUUCUUUCAUGCUUUGUGGCUGAAAGCUAUGGAGCAAAGGAAGGUGAAGUACUCGGAAAAUUCAACAAGGCCAAGUUUAGUGAAAACUCUGGCAUUGAUAAAAGGCCUUUUGAGGUGAUUGAUCUAAGCCAAGAAGAGGAAAUUACAGAUGCGAACAAGCAAAUAGUUGAUACUCUUUUUGGUAUAAAUCUAUCAUCAGUUGGAGGCUCUAAAGAAAAUGAUAGGAUUCAGAGCUUGCCUGGGCAACCUAAGGUGGCAUUUGAACAAUAUGGUGGUUAUAUUACUGUGGAUAAAUCAGCUGGGAGGGCUUAUUAUUAUUAUUUUGUUGAAGCUAAGCAUUCAAAAGAGUCAUUGCCCCUUCUUCUGUGGCUGAAUGGAGGCCCUGGUUGCUCAUCUCUGGCUUAUGGAGCAAUGGAAGAGCUUGGACCAUUUAGAGUACAUAGUGAUGGCAAAACACUUUAUAACAACAAUUUUUCAUGGAAUGAGGCUGCAAAUGUUCUGUUUUUAGAGUCGCCUGCUGGAGUAGGGUUUUCAUACUCUAACAGGACAUCCGAUUAUAAUGACUUUGGAGAUAGAAAAACAGCUGCAGAUAAUUAUUUGUUUUUGAAACAUUGGUUGAAAAGAUUUCCUGAAUAUAAAAGUAGGGACUUGUACAUUUCUGGGGAAAGCUACGCAGGGCAUUACGUGCCUCAACUUGCACAUACCAUUCUUUACCAUAACAAGAAGGCCAACCAGACCAUCAUCAACCUCAAAGGAAUUGCAAUUGGAAAUGCAGUAAUCAAUGACGAAACAGAUAAUCUAGGGAUGUAUGACUACUACGGAAAUCAUGCUUUAACUUCACCAGAAACAGUGCAAAAGAUCCAUCAGUACUGUAAUUUCUCACCUGAUUUUGUCAGCAAGCAGUCCAGAGAGUGCAAUUUAGCUUCUGGCAAAGCCGAUCAUGAUACAGCUGAUAUUGAUAUUUAUAACAUCUACUGGCCUUUGUGCCACAAUGGAAAUCUCACAGCCAAGCCCAAGCAGGCCUCGUUGGCGUAUUUUGAUCCGUGCAGUGACUAUUAUGUGCAAGCUUAUUUCAAUACUCCUGAGGUCCAAGAAGCCAUGCAUGCCAAUGUCACUAAGCUUAAUCAUGAUUGGGAACCUUGCAGUGAUAUAUUGGGUAGUUGGAAGGAUAGCCCAUCAACCGUUAUUCCCUUACUACAGGAAUUCAUGGCAAAUGGAUUAAGAGUUUGGAUAUACAGUGGUGAUACAGAUGGAAGGGUACCUGUAACUUCUACACAGUACUCAAUUGCAAAAAUGAAACUUCCCACAAAAACUGAAUGGUAUCCAUGGUACCUUAACGGGGAGGUUGGUGGGUACUCGCAGGUGUAUCAAGGGGACUUGACAUUUGUUACAGUAAGAGGUGCUGGACAUCAAGUACCAUCAUACCAGCCUGAAAGAUCACUUUCAAUGAUUAAACACUUCCUUUCUGGCAAUCCCCUCCCAAAGGUAGUUCAUCAUGGCGGCCAUUUGCCAUAGUGGGUCUUCAACAGUGCACAAAACUCUGAGAUGACAGUAGUGUAACUUUUAAAGAAGAAAAAAGAAAAAUUUGCGUGAAGCCAUCUAAAUUAUGCUUUCUCUACUUGUAUUUGCAUUUCAUUGUUUUACAAUGAACUACAAUAGCCAUGUUAGGCUUAAGGUGAUCGGAUUCAUUGUUAUGUAAAUGAUAAUGUGUCUUUCAUAUGAAAAAGAAAAGAGAAGAAAAAUA